AUGUCUUCAAAUCUUCUAUUUUUGACUAUUCUUUUUAUUAUUGUUGCGGUUGCAAUGGCCCAAUGGGGAGGAGGACCUGGCCCUUACGGUGGAGGACCAUAUGGAGGUGGGGGCCAUCAUGGACCAUACGGUAGAGGAGGAUAUGGACCUUAUGGACGUGGUGGAUAUGGUGGUUAUGGAGGAGGACGUUAUGGAUAUGGACCAAGUAAGUUUUCAUAGAAGUUUUCAAAUAACUAAAUGAAAUCUUUUUCAGGAUACGGAUACGGCCCAGGACUUAUCGGAGCUAUUCUUGGAUAA